AGUGCUCGCGAAGCCGGAAGUGGUCUGAGGCACAAGGAGGCCGCGGGAGCCCGCUGGCGGUGGCGCGGCGGAGACCGGGCGAGUAUAACAAGAGGAUCACCUGACCACACCGAGAUGCAGAGCACUUCUAAUCAUCUGUGGCUUUUAUCUGAUAUUUUAGGCCAAGGAGCUACUGCAAAUGUCUUUCGUGGAAGACAUAAGAAAACUGGUGACUUAUUUGCUAUCAAAGUAUUUAAUAACAUCAGCUUUCUUCGUCCAGUGGAUGUUCAAAUGAGAGAAUUUGAAGUGUUAAAAAAACUCAAUCACAAAAAUAUUGUCAAAUUAUUUGCUAUUGAAGAGGAGGUAACAACGAGACAUAAAGUACUUAUUAUGGAAUUUUGUCCAUGUGGAAGUUUAUACACUGUUUUAGAAGAACCAUGUAAUGCCUAUGGACUACCGGAGUCUGAAUUUUUAAUUGUUUUGCGAGAUGUGGUGGGUGGAAUGAAUCAUCUCCGAGAAAAUGGCAUAGUUCACCGUGAUAUUAAGCCAGGAAAUAUCAUGCGUGUAAUAGGGGAAGACGGACAGUCUGUGUACAAACUCACAGAUUUUGGUGCAGCUAGAGAAUUAGAAGAUGAUGAGCAGUUUGUUUCUCUGUAUGGCACAGAAGAAUAUUUGCAUCCUGAUAUGUAUGAGAGAGCAGUGCUGAGAAAAGAUCAUCAGAAGAAAUAUGGAGCGACUGUUGAUCUUUGGAGCAUUGGGGUAACAUUUUACCAUGCAGCUACUGGAUCACUGCCAUUUAGACCGUUUGAAGGGCCACGUAGGAAUAAGGAAGUGAUGUAUAAAAUAAUUACUGGAAAGCCUUCUGGUGCAAUAUCUGGAGUACAGAAAGCAGAAAAUGGACCAAUUGACUGGAGUGGAGACAUGCCUGUUUCUUGUAGUCUUUCUCGGGGUCUUCAAGUUCUACUUACCCCUGUUCUUGCAAACAUCCUUGAGGCAGAUCAGGAAAAGUGUUGGGGUUUUGACCAGUUUUUUGCAGAAACAAGUGAUAUACUUCACCGGAUGAUAAUUCAUGUUUUUUCGCUACAACAAAUGACAGCUCAUAAAGUUUAUAUUCAUAGCUAUAAUACUGCUACUGUAUUCCAUGAACUGGUGUAUAAACAAACCAAAAUUGUUUCUUCAAAUCAAGAACUUAUAUAUGAAGGACGACGUUUAGUGCUAGAACCUGGAAGACUGGCACAGCAUUUCCCUAAAACUGCUGAGGAAAAUCCCAUCUUUGUAGUAAGCCGGGAACCUCUGAGUACGAUAGGAUUGAUAUAUGAAAAAAUUUCCCUCCCUAAAGUACAUCCACGUUAUGAUUUAGAUGGGGAUGCCAGCAUGGCUAAGGCAGUAACAGGAGUUGUGUGUUAUGCCUGUAGAAUUGCCAGUACCUUGCUGCUUUAUCAGGAAUUAAUGCGAAAGGGGAUACGAUGGUUGAUAGAAUUAGUUAAAGAUGAUUAUAAUGAAACUGUUCACAAAAAGACAGAAGUUGUGAUCACAUUAGAUUUCUGCAUCAGAAACAUUGAAAAGACUGUGAAAGUAUAUGAAAAGUUAAUGAAGAUCAACCUAGAAGCAGCAGAGUUAGGUGAAAUUUCAGACAUCCACACCAAACUGUUGAGACUUUCCAGUUCUCAGGGAACAAUCGAAACCAGUCUUCAGGAUAUUGAAAGCAAAUUAUCUCCAGGUGGAUUGCUGGCAGAUACAUGGACCCAUCAAGAAGGCACUCAUCCAAAAGAUAGACAUGUAGAAAAGCUACAAGUCCUGUUAAAUUGCAUCACAGAGAUUUACUAUCAGUUCAAAAAAGACAAAGCAGAACGUAGACUAGCUUAUAAUGAAGAACAAAUCCACAAAUUUGAUAAGCAAAAACUGUAUUAUCAUGCAACAAAAGCUAUGACCCACUUUACAGAUGAAUGUGUUAAAAAGUACGAGGCUUUUUUGGAUAAGUCAGAAGAAUGGAUGAGAAAGAUGCUUCAUCUUAGGAAACAGUUAUUAUCCCUAACUAAUCAGUGUUUUGAUAUUGAAGAAGAAGUAUCAAAGUAUCAAGACUAUACUAAUGAGUUACAAGAAACUUUGCCACAGAAAAUGUUUGCAGCCUCCAGUGGAAUCAAACAUACCAUGACCCCAAUUUAUCCAUGUUCUAACACAUUAGUAGAAAUGACUCUUGGUAUGAAGAAAUUAAAGGAAGAAAUGGAAGGGGUAGUUAAAGAACUUGCUGAAAAUAAUCAUAUUUUAGAAAGGUUUGGCUCUUUAACCAUGGAUGGUGGCCUUCGCAAUGUUGACUGUCUAUAGCUUUAUAAGAAGUUUGAGGCAAGUUUCAGUUUGCACAAGAAAAUAAUGUUGGGGCAUUAAACGAAUGCCUCUGUAGGUGGUCUCUUGUUUCUACAUUUCACUAUUUGAUGUGGUCAUGUAAAUAUGUACAAUACUGUAAAUACAUAAAAAUAUAUAAAUUUUUGGCUGCUAAGAUGUAAUUUUACUUUUUAACAUUUAUAAUUAUAUGAGGACAUUUGACCUCAGUGAGCACUGAGAAGAAAGCCAUGACCGAUACGUUGAGAUACUUACUGAUCCUCGACUCUUCUGAGUAAGGCCAGCUAAGUCAUAUAUCUCUGACUGCCUACUGGAAACAUUUUUAAGUGGAACCAAAAUUGGUGUCCUUACAAAUCAGUAAAGGUUGAUUGUUAACACGUUUAUAAGUGAUAGAAUGGAGAGGUAGUUUUUGUGAGUGGGGAGCAGAACCGAACCACUGUUUUUUACUAGGAUCACAGUUUUUUUGAGAAGGAUAAAGUGGCAUUAUCCCAGUUAUCCUUGUAUCUGUUUAAUUUCAGGUAAAUUAUUGAGCAAAAUUUUUUAAGUGAUUUAAUUAUUAAAAACUGUUCAUUUUUAUUUUGGCCAUAAAUGUAUAAUUGUCAUAAAAAUUUUAGGAUCAUUUCAACUGUUUUAAGCUGUAUAUUUCUUCUUUACUUUAAUUCUGC